GUGUAGGCGGCAGUUUCAAAAGAACGCGCCAUGGAGCGAUGGGCGAUCUCGUAGCUCUCUCGAGUCUUCGGUUCUCCCACCGACGCCUCUCCUCCUGUCGGCGCCGGCGACGACAGGCGAUCGUCGUCCACGAAUUACCACGACGCGAUCGCCCCAAUCAGCUGCGACAGAACCCUGGUUGGCAGGUCAAUCAGGCUAUUCUACAAAGGUGAAUCGACUUGACCAGGGCACUUGCGCGGUAACAUGACUUGCACAGGGAGAUGGGUUGUUACAUACACAAAGCACUUGAAGCAGAAGAGAAAAACCUAUCACGAUGGUGUAAUAGAGAUUAGUGAUCCAGGAAACAAGGUUUUGUUGUAUGAUGAUAGCGAAAAACUCAUAGAUAGUAGAUUCUUGAAGAAAGAUGAAGUAAUUGGAAGUGGUGGAACUCUGACCUUUGAAGCUCAUCUUGUUGACAUUGGAAACCUCGAAGAAAAAGGGCCUUUCAAAAAUCUAAAUUCCAGUAGAAAUGACUCAAAGUUAAGUGAAAAGGCUCAGAAUCUGCAGCAGAAGGAGAAUGAGAAAAGCAUGCAUCACAAUAAACUGGAACAGAAAUAUCUAAGUGGGGCAAACAGCAAAAGCAGAGUGAACAAGAAUGAACCUGAUAGCCUGGGGGCAAAAGAAACUCAUGAUGUUACCCACAGUGAUCCAAAAGAGUGGAAUGUUUUGUACACCACUCAAAUAUCUCAAAAGGCAAAAAAGUAUCAUGAUGGAGUAUUGCGACUUUCAUUAUGUGGAUCACAUAUGAAUCAGAUUAUGUUGCUGAGUGAAGAUGGUUCAGUACUGAGUAGCAAGUACCUUAAAUCUGUUGAAUGUAUUCGAGCUGGGAGCAAAUGUGAGUUACCCAACCAUCUCGUUGAAAUUUGUGAGCCACGGAUUCGAUGUGAAGAAGGUCUCCAAAAGUUACCAUCAAAGCAGCUUAUGAGAUCUAGCAGUUCUAGCAACAAGAAGUCAACAAAGGACAUUUGCAACACCCACUUGGAACAAGCAGUAGGUCCCUGCAGCUCCAAUUCUGUCAAGUCCAUGGAUUCUAGCCGGGCACAAAAUAACAAGCCAUUACGUGAUGCCUGCCAAAUUCUUCGCACUCUUAAGAAGCCAUUUCCUAUUGAGAAAAAUGAUCCAAGAAACUCUCCGGUAGCACAUGUCAAUGCAUCACCAUCUCUUGAUUUUGUUUUGCCGGAUGCACAAUGCCAGAGCAAGGAUCUAAAUUUGCAAGGGGGUGGCAAUCACAAAGGUGACUUUAGUGAAUGUGCUUCUCGAACUUCCUUGCCAGGAACUCCUGACAUAAAAUCGACUUCAUCUGAGCAAGUAAUACAUACAGAACCCAAGUUCAAAGUGGAUUCUCUGGCUAUAACAGCCUCUGUGGAAGGACACAAUACAUCAGAUCAUAGCUCUUUGUCUGAACGCAGCCAGGGAAUGUCGGCAGACAAAUGCUGUUCUAAUGUUCAAGACUCAAGAGAGCUUGCUGGUUUCAUGAAUGGAAAUCUGCCUGUCAGAGAGCCUUGUCCGUCUGAUGGAAAAGAAGAUACUGCUGACCCUUUCGCUAAUUUUCUGAAGGAAAAUAACACUUCUGAUAGCAGUAUUUCUGGAAGGAGCUGCAAUGGCACUUUAAAUGCCAAUGAAGGGAAAGAUGAAGUCACUCACCCGAUAUCAUCAAAGGACAAUGAACAUGAAGGGAAGUGCAGGAUGGUUGAAAUUUCGGAUGCAUCUGCUGCUACCCACAUGAUACAUGAGAAUUUUGACUGCCAGAACUCAUUAAACGAGAGCCUUAUCGAAGAUGAUGUCCCAACAUUUGAUUUGGGCUUCUAUUAACAGGUUCAGAUUAUUUCAACUUUUAAUGCAGCCAAUUUUAACAAAUCUUAAAGAGUUCAUUGCGUGGAUGUAUAAUACUUUACAGUAAUCUCUCAUGCAUUAUGCAGAAAGAAUCUGAUU